AUGGAGGAGGAAAACAACAACAGCGAGAGGAAGAGGAAGAAGAAGGAGAAGAAGAAGAACAAGAGGAAGAAGACGCGUUGUGACGACGAAAACAUUGAUGGGGGUUUCAAGAAGAAGAAGAGUUCUUCUUUGUCUCCUCCUCCUCCAAUGUUUGCGUUUAAAGAGCAACUGUCGUGCAGCAACUUUAUGUUGAACAAAAAAUGCGAAGCGUGUGUACGAAAAGUUGAGAAGAUGAGGCGCGAAUGUUGUUUAAGUGGUGAGGACGAUGUGAAGAAGAGCAGUAGUAGUAGUAAAAUCGUUUUGAAGCGACCGGAGGAGUGCGAACGAUUUAAGAGGUAUCAUCAUCACCAAGAAGAAGAAGAAGAAGAACAAAAUGCGAGAAACGAAAAACAAUCAGUCGUUGGCUUGUACGCGAAAGGCGACCGGAUCUUAACCGUCGGCGACGGAGAUUUAACGUUUUCUUUGAGCUUGGCGAAACGAUUAAAAAAGGUAAAGUUGAUCGCGACGACGCACGAGACGAAGGCGAGCUUGGAGAAGGCGUACGGGAAAGACGCGAUAAAGGCGACGUUGGAUGAGUUGGCGGUUUGCGGCGAGGACGUUUUGGUGUUGCACGGGGUGGACGCGGCGAAAUUGAAAGAGAGCUUGAUGGAUGCCGCCGCCGUCGCCGCAAGUAAUAAGAGAGAUGUUCUCGAGCGAGUCGAAAAGUGCAUAGAUGAAGGUUUCGAUAAAAUCGUCUGGAAUUUCCCGUGCGUCUCGAGAGAAGAGGACACCGGCGAGGCGAAAGACGGCGCGCGAGAAGGCGCGGAUGGUAGAAACCCAGCCGACGUGGAGCUGAAUAGGAAUUUGACACUAACGUUCAUCGCGAACGCCGCCGUCGUGUUGAGAAAGAAAAAAUCAAAGAAGAAAAGAGGCGCGGGCGAAGUACACGUGACGCAUAAAGUCGGCAUGCACCCGUCCUCCUGGAACGUUCCCGAAUUGAAAGCAACUACGACAACAUCUUCUUCUUCGCAGCCGAGGGGAGUCAUUCGAGCCAUCGCUUCCGUCUUCUUCGACCGAAUGGUCUAUCUCCCGUACAAGCCUCGCAAGGCGUUGGUCGCCAAAAGCUUCUCCAUCGCCGACGCCAAGACGUUCAUCUUUUGCGUAUUCGAAGAAGAAGAAGAAGAAGAAGAAGAAUUUUCUCUGAACGCGUGGAUGAGAGAGAGGAAAGAUGUCCUCGAAAAGCUUACUCCGUAG